AUGAAUCUUGGAAAUCUACAACAGCUUCAAUUCAUCAGCUUGCAAAUAAACCAAUUGACAAACGAUCCUUCUAUGCGCGAGUUAAGUUUUCUUACCUCUCUAUCCAACUGCAAGUAUCUGAAGACUGUUCAAAUAGGAGGCAACAAAUUCAAUGCAAGUCUUCCAAAAUUCCUAGGCUCAGGCAACUGGUCCUUUUCCCUUGAAAAUUUCAUUGCUGCUAAUAAUGGUAUCACAGGAAAAAUACCAACUAACUUCAGUAACUUGAGGAACCUGGAGUGGUUAAGCUUGGGAUAUAAUAAGCUUAUCGGUACGAUUCCACCAGAUUUGGGGAACUUGAGGAAAUUGCAAAUGUUGAAACUGGACAAUAAUAAUAUAGAUGGAAUUAUACCAAUUAGCCUGUGUAACUUGGAGAACUUGUUUCUAAUUAGCUUGAGCCAAAAUCAGCUUUCAGGGAAAGUACCGAGUUGCUUUGGAAAUCUUUCUUCUUUAAGAAACCUCUACUUAGAUUCUAAUGCGCUAAUUUCCAGUAUUCCAUCAACUUUUUGGAGGAAUAAAGAUAUUUCAGUUGUCAAUUUGUCCUCCAAUUUUCUAAAUGGAUCUCUUGCACUAGAAAUGGGAAACUCAAGGAGUUUGCAGAUAUUACAUUUAUCUGGUAAUCAGUUCUCUGGUCAAAUUCCAAGCACAAUUGGACAACUUCAAAAUUUGGUUAUCCUUUCAUUGUCAAUGAAUAUGUUAGAUAGUCCUAUACCUGAAUCGUUUGAAGAUUUGGUUUCAUUGGAAUACUUGGAUCUAUCCAGCAACAAGCUAUCCGGCAUGAUUCCCAAGUCCUUGAGGAAUCUUGAACAUCUCAUGUAUUUCAAUGUCUCGUACAAUGGGCUCAUGGGUGAAAUUCCAGAUGGAGGGCCAUUCGUAAACUUUACAGCUGAAUCAUUCAUGGGUAACCCAGCACUAUGUGGAGCGUCCCGGUUCCAUGUGAUGCAAUGCAGAGACAGUAGCCCUAAAAGACCAAAAACAAGGAGGGUUGUAACUUUUGUUCUUGCAUCAGUUGCCUCAGGAGUUGUAAUGACCACCAUUUUCAUUGUUUGGUUACUGAAAUGCCGAAAAAGGAGUAGGGGACUUCCUCUAGUUGAUACAUUUGGUCAAGUACAUAGGAGGAUUUCGUACCAUGAUAUUGCUCAAGGGACAAACAACUUUGAUGAAGCAAACUUGAUUGGGAGGGGGAGCCUUGGAUUGGUGUACAAAGGGACACUUGCAGAUGGAAAGGUUGUGGCAAUCAAGGUAUUCAAUGCAGAAAUGCAGCAUGCAUUCAGAAGUUUUGAUGUGGAGUGCCAAGUUCUACGAAGCAUUCGACAUAGGAACCUUGUUAAGGUGAUAAGUAGUUGUGCGAAUUUUGAUUAUAAAGUGUUGGUGCUAGAGUACAUGCCCAAUGAAAACCUUGAUCGUUGGCUUCACUCUCCCCACAAAUUUUUGGAUUUAACUCAAAGAUUAAAGGUGAUGGUUGAUGUGGCUUCUGCUAUGGAGUAUUUACAUGGAGGUCAUUUGUUCGUAGUCGUCCAUUGUGAUUUGAAACCGAGUAAUAUACUUUUGGAUGGAGAUAUGGUGGCAAAAGUGAGUGACUUUGGGAUAUCCAAACUUCUAACAGCUGAGACGCUAAUAGCACAUACCAAAACCUUGGGUACUAUUGGCUACAUGGCACCAGAGUAUGGUUCAGAAGGCAAAAUCUCAACCAAGGGAGAUGUUUAUAGCUUUGGUAUUCUGUUAAUGGAGACUUUUACAAGAAAGAGCCCUGUGGAUGAUCUAUUUGUUGGAGACUUCACCUUGAAAAGAUGGAUAUGCCAAUCAUUACCAAACCGAAUGGUGGAUGUAGUGGACAUCAAUUUAUUUUCACUGGACGAAGAAAAUUUUAUGUCGAAAGAGAGAUGCUUCAAAUCAAUCAUGGAAUUAGCUCUUGAAUGCACAAAUGACUUGCCUGAAGAGAGAAUUAGUAUGGAAGAUGUUAAUGUUCGACUCAAGAAGAUCCUAACUCGAUUUCUGCAAAAUGUAGUGACAAACUAA